AAUGCCAGCUAGACAGCUGGCUGCCUUGGGCUGUGUUGCCUUGCCAAGGCAAGGGCCAGCCCAGCUCUCUUCUUGCUUCCUGCCCCAAAAGGAGAGCAGCCCUUACAAUUUCCCUCGUUUUAAGGCUUGGAGAGGCUGGGAGCAAAGAACCACCACUCCCCUGGAAACUUUACCUGAACUAUUUUGGGCCCAGCACUGCUUCCAAGCAGGAAAGUGAAGAUGAUUUUUCAUGGCUGGAUAUAUGUGCCUUUGAUCGUUUUGAUCAUCUGUGUUCAUUGUGGAUCAGCAGUGAAUGCUUGUAAAAUUAUAGAGGAGAGGGCAGACUGUAGUCAUUUAAAGUUAACUCAGAUUCCCUCUGAUCUCCCGAGCAAUAUAACAGCUUUGGAUAUUUCUCAUAACCAGCUCAGAACACUGCCAACUGCAAACCUUACCAAGUAUAAUCAACUCAUCUACUUAGAUGCAGGAUUCAACACUAUUUCUAAACUACAGCCAGAGCUGUGUUUGACUUUGCCUUUGUUAAAAGUUUUGAAACUGGAACAUAAUCAGUUGCAUGUCUUUCCAAGCAAUGUCUUUACCUCUUGUAUCAGUCUGAAGGAGCUUAAUUUGGGAUCCAACAUACUGGAUGUGAAAAAUGAGCCUUUCAAAAAUCUGAAGAAUUUGCAGUUCCUGGAUGUUUCUCAUAAUAAACUAAGCUCUAUAAAACUGGGAUCCCAGCCACAAUUAGAGAGUUUGCAGGAGCUUGUGGCAUCUCAGAACAAAAUUACUGAAUUAAAGAAAGAAGAUCUAUACUUUCUUAGUAACUCCUCACUAAACAAGCUGGACUUGUCAGCAAACCCUGUAAAAGAGUUUUACUCAGGCUGUUUCCGUGCUAUUGGAAAUUUAUAUGGUCUUAUCAUGAACAAGGUUCCACUGGGUCAAGAUGGUACAGAGAAACUUGCUUCCGAAUUAUCUGGUACAAGAAUUCAGCAUCUCUCCAUGAGCCAGGUUCAGCUUUCACAAAUUUCCAGCUCGACCUUCAAUGGAAUGCAUAAUACAAACCUCACCAUUUUAGAUCUAUCUAAUAAUGGCUUGUCUGUGAUUGAAAAUGACUCUCUUGUGUAUCUUUCAAAUUUAGAGGAUUUAAAUCUAAUGAAUAAUAAUAUUACACGCCUGUUUUCUCAUUCCCUCAAUGGAUUGUCCAAUGUGAAUUAUCUGAAUCUGGGAUACUCUGAUAUCAGAAAAAUUGACUCUGCUUUCCAAUGGCUGAAACAUUUAAAGGAUCUUAUUAUGGAUGGUAAUAAAUUUCUAGAGAUUACUCCAAAUACAUUUAAAGGUUUAGAUAAUUUGAAAAACUUGAGUUUAAGCCAAUGUAGUAUAAUUUCAAUAACAAGUACAACAUUUUCAUCACUUGCCAAUUCUUCACUGCAGUUUCUUAACCUUACGAAAACUGGAAUUUCUUCUAUCAAGCCUAGGGCCUUUGCUUGGCUUGGGCAUCUUAAAACUCUGGAUUUAGGUUUUAAUUACAUUAAACAGAAACUCACAGGUCAGGAAUUCCAAGGUCUUAAUAAUAUCGAGACUCUCUAUCUAUCUUACAAUAAUCAGGUGAAUUUGACAAGUGAAUCUUUCAGUUCCAUUCCUAGCCUUAGAAAGUUGAGGCUGAGAAAGGUAGGUUGCAGUAAUCUCAACAUCUCUCCCUCACCAUUCCGUAAAUUAAAUAAUUUGACAAUCCUGGAUAUUGGUAACAAUAAUAUUGCCAACAUGAGAGAUGAUGUUUUUGGUGGACUCCACCAGCUUGAAAUACUUGAUAUGCAGCAUAAUAAUUUCGCUCGACUUUGGAAGCAUGUCAACCCAGGGGGCCCCAUUCUCUUCUUAAAAGGUCUUCGAAACCUGCGGCUGCUUGACCUGGAAUCAAAUGGUUUUGAUGAGGUUCCAAGGAUGGCUUUCCAAGGCUUAUCUCAGCUAAGAAGCUUGAAUCUGCGAGUCAAUAAUUUGAAUCUGCUUCCAGAGUUUGUGUUUGAUGACCUGACUUCUCUGACCUCUCUGUUCCUUGAGAAGAACCUCAUCACAGCUGUUGAUGAAAAAGUGUUCAGUAAGGUUUUCACACAUUUGAAAGAACUAAAUAUGGGGUUCAACCCAUUUGAUUGUACUUGCGAUGGUAUAGCUUGGUUUGUUAACUGGCUUAAUGGCAGCAAAACAUUUAUCCCAGGACUGAAUAAUUAUCGAUGCAACACCCCCUCUAAAUACCACAGUAAUUUGGUAGCCCAGUUUGAUACCUCUCCGUGUGAUAGUGCCCCCUUUGAAUUGGUCUACAUUGUGAGCACUACUUCAAUAUUGUUCUUCAUCUCGGUAGUCCUACUCAUCCACUUUCAAGGAUGGAGAAUACAAUUUCUUUGGAGUGUGACUGUUAACAGAGUCCUUGGCCAUAGAGAAAUAGACAGGCCACAGCAGUGGUUUGAUUAUGAUGCCUACAUCAUUCAUUCCAAAAAGGAUAAGAACUGGGUGUCUAAGAACUUUAUUUCUCUUGAAGAAAAUAAUGAACCGGUAAUUAGGUUUUGUUUAGAGGAACGGGAUUUUGAAGCUGGAACAUCUGAAUUUGAAGCUGUUGUUGAUAGUAUAAGGAGGAGCAGGAAGAUUAUAUUUGUUGUAACUGAGCAUCUCUUGAAAGAUCCUUGGUGCAAAAGGUUCAAAGUACAUCAUGCCAUACAGCAAGCCAUUGAACAAAGUCGGGAUGCCAUUAUAUUAAUUUUUCGAGAUGAUAUUCCAGAUUACAAAUUGAAUAAUGCACUUUGUUUGAGAAGAGCAAUGUUCAAGUCUCGCUGUAUUUUGGAGUGGCCAGCUCAGAAGGACCAUCUGAAUGCAUUUUACCAGCAGUUAAAAUCAGCACUUCAGUCUAGCAGCAGGAUAUUAUGAUUUAUUAUUUGUAAUUGUUUUAAAAUAUUAUAGCAAACUCUUUUGGAUUCUGUGGCUGAAAUUACCCAAACUAUAUGUUAUGAAAAGAAUGGAAAAAUGGAAACCACUCUUCCAAGUUCUUACGAUGGCUUGAAUGUUAAAAUCAUACCUCCAAAACAGUGAAUGGUGUGAAACAGGUUCAGUUAUAUGUUAGAUGCAGGCAUUCAAAGCAUAUUCAAGGGCAAUUAUAGUUGAAAUCAACUUUUCUUCUCUACCUCUGCAUUAAUCGUGUGUUCUGCAACACAUGUACUGUAUGUGUUUGGAGAAGUAAGUGCAAAGAAAUUAAAUUGCUUGAUGCUAUAGUUAAAUGAAAUAUCUGAGUUUUUAAAAAUAGUUAAUAUGUUGAUAAGGCAAGGCAUAUCUGUAUUAAAAUAAAUAAUAUGCUAGGCUAAUUAAACUGUUAGGUAUUCAGAGUUAAUCCUUAUGGUAGAAGGACAUAUGCAGAUUUAAAUGCUGUCAACAGUGACAACAUCAUUACUACACUUGUUAGCCCAAGAUGCUGAGUUGCACCUGCAAUCAAUACAAAAGGUACAUUAUAAUACAGUACAGGGACUCAGGGCCUGAACAGACAGGCCAAAAUAAAGCUGCUUUGGGUCACUUUGGAGGU